AUGCAGCUGAGAGCUGCCACUGAGGACUGGGCAGGGGUCACUCUGUCCCCUGAUGGGGGUAGAUCGCCCCAGUGUGAUGCCUUUGUAAAUGGAAAUCCUUUUCCCUUCUCCCCAGGCACUAACUUUGAGUACAUCGUGGUGGAGAAGAAGGGGAAGAACAGCAGUGUGGGGCUGAUCCGACUGAACCGCCCCAAAGCACUCAACGCGCUCUGCAAUGGCCUCAUCACUGAGCUCAACCAGGCACUGGAGGCCUUCGAGGAGGACCCGGCCGUGGGGGCCAUCGUCGUCACAGGCGGGGAGAAGGCAUUUGCAGCUGGAGCCGAUAUCAAGGAAAUGCAGAACCAAACUUUCCAGGACUGUUACUCCCGCAAGUUCUUGAGCCACUGGGACCAACUGACCCAGGUCAAGAAGCCAGUCAUAGCUGCUGUCAACGGUUAUGCUCUUGGAGGUGGCUGUGAACUUGCUAUGAUGUGUGACAUCAUUUAUGCCGGAGAGAAAGCCCAAUUUGGGCAGCCGGAAAUCCUGAUAGGAACCAUCCCAGGUGCAGGAGGCACCCAGAGACUGACCCGGGCCGUCGGAAAGUCGCUAGCCAUGGAGAUGAUUCUCACUGGUGACCGGAUCUCAGCCCAGGAUGCCAAGCAAGCAGGUCUUGUCAGCAAAAUUUUUCCUGUUGAGACACUGGUCGAAGAAGCCAUCCAGUGUGCAGAGAAAAUUGCCAGCAAUUCUAAAAUUGUCGCAGCGAUGGCCAAGGAAUCAGUGAAUGCAGCUUUCGAGAUGACAUUAACAGAGGGAAAUAAGCUGGAGAAGAAACUCUUCUAUUCAACUUUUGCUACUGAAGACCGGAAAGAAGGGAUGACUGCAUUCGUGGAGAAGAGGCAGGCCAACUUCAAAGACCAGUGAGCACUGGCCGCCUCUGCCUUAAAGCCUCUGUCUGAAGAGGAAAACUACGGUCUGUUAGCUUUAGAAGCAAAUAAAUCCUUCUCUUUUAAAGGGCA